AUGUUGUCGAAGCCGUUUAAACCGCUGAAGAUUCGCCAGCCUAAUCUCAACGAUGACGCCGCUACGACUGAAAGUCCGCCGUCGAAACGCCGAAAACUCAGUCCUUCAGACGGGCAUGAAGAUGGGUCUGACCUUUUCAGACGGCCUAAAUGUGCCUCGAAGCGGCCGACGUCCGACACCCCCAGACAACCCCUGAAGCAGAUCACGAAUCCCUCUAGUCCUACACAACAAGACGAGGAGACCGCCACAGGCGGGAUUGACAGUUAUUAUUUCAUCCUAUGGCGUCUUCCUACGAACAAGAAGAACAAAACUUGGACAGAUGACGGGGUGCUAGCCAUUAGAGGUGGCUAUGCAACGCUGUAUAACAACACGGGGAAGAGCAUUGGCCGAAUCCCGUUCUCUUCGCCCCUGCUGCCCGGCUCCAACCUGGCCAUUGGCGGGAAAGAAGUUGAGGUCGAGUCAUGCAUCAAUAAGACUGAAUAUCUCAAAUAUGUUAGCGCAAGCACCAAGCCUGCAAAGGAGAAGCUCGAGAUGGAAUCUGGGUCAUCUUCCGCCAACCAGCAAUCGAAGCCGAGCAUGCAGGCCCAGAUGAAAGCUCAGAUACAGAAACAGAAGACACAAACCCCGAAGCAAGCUGCACCCCAUCCACUUCGCGUUUCAGCUUUCAAGCCGCCGAUCAAGGAAACAAGGGUUCUCGCGCAAACCUCAGGUGGUACCCCUACUCCGAGACAUGAUCCUGCUGCGCCCGGCGCUCUCGUUUUCAAAAGACCUCCAAGCCCUCCUGACGGUCGACAGACGGUGGAUGUAGUGCUUGACCCUUACAUUGCCAAGAAGCUACGUCCGCAUCAACGGGAGGGAGUCAAGUUCCUCUACGAGUGUGUUAUGGGACUGAAGGACUUUGAUGGCCAAGGGUGCAUUCUCGCGGAUGAAAUGGGAUUGGGCAAGACCCUGACCACUAUAUCUCUUUUGUGGACUUUGCUCCGACAGAAUCCAGUCUUCAGGGAUCCGCCUGUAGUCAGAAAAGCGCUCGUUGUGUGCCCCGUCUCCCUGAUCCGGAAUUGGAAACGCGAAUUUAAGAAAUGGCUUGGCCGAGACCAACUGGGAGUGCUUGAGUUCGACGAGAAACGCACGCGUCUGAGCGACUUUGACGGCCGGGUUUUCCAGGUCAUGAUUAUCGGAUACGAAAGGUUAAGAAUGGUGGCCGAUGACCUUGCAAAAAGCCAUUCUAUCGACAUUGUCAUAUGCGACGAAGGCCAUCGACUCAAGACGAUGAAGAACAAAGCAGCCCAAGCCAUCGAGUCGUUAAAUACCAAGCGUCGGGUCAUUUUGUCCGGGACGCCCAUCCAGAAUGACCUAGGCGAAUUCUUUUCAAUGGUCAACUUUGUCAAUGACGGUGUACUGGGGUCUCCAAAAGGCUUUAUCAGGGACUAUGAGAAGCCUAUCAUGAGAAGCCGGCAGCCAGAUGCGACGGCGGAUGAGAUCGAGCGCGGGCAGGAAGCUAGCGAAGACAUGAGCCGGAUAACCUCGCCGUUCAUAUUGCGCCGGACCGCUGAUAUUCUGUCGGACUUCUUGCCCCCGAAGACGGAGUAUGUGUUGUUCUGCAAACCGACACCGGCUCAAGCAAAGAUCUACCGGAACGUCAUUCGUUCGCCCAUGUUCCAUUCCGCGUUGCGCAGUCCGGAUACAGCAUUUCAACUGAUCACCAUUCUGAAGAAGCUCUGCAACAGUCCGGCACUGAUGGACCCGAUGAGUGGCAACGAUGACGCGACUCCGUCUUCCUCACUCGUGGCGCUGAAUGACAUGCUGCCCGAUGGGUUCUCCAGGCUGUACCAGAACUCCGUCUCGAGCAAGAUUCGGCUUCUCGAUCAGCUGCUUCAACAGAUCCACCGUACCACCGAUGAGAAAGUGGUUAUCAUCUCUAACUAUACGUCGACACUCAAUUUGAUCGAACAGCUGGCGAGAAACUCGAAUUACGAGUCUCUCCGCCUGGAUGGCUCUGUUCCGGCGAAGAAGAGACAAGCUCUGGUCGAUCAAUUCAACCAGUCACCGCCUGCCAAAUCUUUUCUCUUCUUGCUGAGUGCUCGAGCCGGUGGAGUGGGACUUAACCUGAUCGGAGCCAGCCGACUCGUACUGUUCGAUGUGGACUGGAAUCCUGCAACGGACGAUCAAGCAAUCGCACGCAUCCACCGGCAGGGUCAGAAGCGGCAUUGCAAAAUUUACAGAUUUCUCAUCAAGGGUGGAUUAGAGGAGCGCAUCUGGCAGCGGCAAGUAGUCAAGAGAGCGCUGGCGGACAGCAUCAUGCAGGGUGGAGCAAGUGCCGCGUCCAACUCUUUCGACCCGUCUGGCAGGGGCAAAGGAAGCACGUCAACCUUCAGCCAAGACGAGCUCAAAGAUCUCUUCCGCCUUGAUGAGAGUGAAGGACUGCGUACUCACGACUUGAUUGAGUGUCGGUGUGAAGGCGCCGGGCAGGAAGCUGGGGACGACAGCGACAUAGGCCGUCUUCCCACUGGCGGCGACGGAAAUGAAGACUGUGACGAUGAGUCUCUUGUACCGGUUACGAGGUCUAGCACUUCCUCUCCGACAAUAAAUCCAGGAAGCUCGAGGAGGCGGAGCGUCACAGGCAAAGAGGCUCACAUCAUUCCGCCAGCGCAAUCUGAGACAGGCCACGUGGCAGAGAAGCAUGAGUUGAUGCAGUACCGACACAUUAACACUUCUCUAUUGCGCCAGGCAGAAGAUGAAAACGACGACGACGACUUGAAGGCCAACAUCCUCUGCGCAGUGGAGGAUGCAUGUCUCGAGCAUGUUCUUAAGCUCGAUCGGGACAUGGUAGGCGGAGGUGGUGUGUCAUACGUGUUCAAGAAGGUGAGGGGAAGUCAAGGACUAUGA